UCAAUUUACUGAAUAGGAGAGCAAAGCAGACGAUUGCACCAGACGUUAAGUGCUACCAGGGUGCCUUUCUCCACUCACUCGCAACUCAGUUUUGUCUUGACAGUAUUUUUGCCUGUUGAAAUUUAAAAAAUUUUUCUCCGUUACAACUAACAAAAGUUAUUCUCUCGCUGUGUUUAAGGUGAUAAUUAAAGCACGUAGGGGACUAAACAUUCGAGAUCAGCUAGGGAAAUGAAACAGGCACAGCUAUAUAAAUAUAAUUAUUAGUAAAUUAGUAAAUUAAUAGCAAUACCUUUUAAGUAUUUUAAGCUCACUUAAUUAUGCCCUUGUUUAAUAUCUUUUAAUUAAAUGUGGAAUUUAAUUUCCACUGCCUUUGACGCUAAUCUUCACAUCAGAUUUCUUUUGUACAGGUUAAAUAUUUUCAAGAAUGAAUGGACCCAGGCAAGAUCAAACUGCAAAAUACUGCUUUGGGCUUUUAGAGACGCCAGAAAGUACAAACUGCACAAGCAGCAAGAAUGAAGACAGCUCAUCUUCAAAUUCAGAACAGACACCAGCUGUUCCAAGUAGAUUAUUGGCAUCCAGCAAUUCCUUACCAGACAGUUCUACUUUAACAAGUUGCAGUGAGGCAUUUGGAAAUACGUCAGCAAAGAAGAGGGUGCAGACACCCGUCAUCAGAUCAAGUAGUUCAUUAGCAUCUAAAACACCUGGGACAUUUAAGACUCCAAGGACUGUGGGAGUGCGGAAGACCCCCAAAACCCCCUAUACAUCUUCUAGCAUGACACCUGCAGCUGAAAACUCUUGCAGUGUGAUUGUAGCUAUUGUGGAAGGGCGUGGCCUGGCACGAGGUGAAAUAGGAAUGGCCAGCUUAGACCUCAAAUCUCCUGUCUUGAUGAUGUCUCAAUUCUCUGAUACUCAGACUUAUGUCAAGACCAUGACCAAGCUGCAAAUUCUGAAGCCCCUUGAGAUUAUUCUUCCGCAUACUGUUUGUGAAAGUGGUAAUUCCUCCAAACUCUUCAAAAUGAUAAGUGACCAGUUCCCAAAUACUAACAUUUCUUCAGUGCAACGCCGUUACUUUAAUGAAACUAAAGGCCUGCAGUACAUUCAGCAGCUGUGCAUACCAGAGUAUAAGACAGUAGAGAUGGAGGUGGCAGGAAAGUAUUACUGUCUUGCUACAAAUGCUGCUCUCCUUAAAUAUGUGGAGUACAUACAGAACAUAAUAUUUGCUCCAUCUUCUCUCAAAGUCGUCUUCAAAGGAAGUGAACACACAACAAUGAUAGACAUCAUGACAGCAAAGAACCUCGAGCUUCUAGAAAACAGGCGCGACCCUUUUAGCAAUCAUAGCUUGUUUGGUGUUUUGAAAUAUACCCACACAGCUGGUGGUGCUCGUCUGCUGCGUUCUAAUAUCCUUCAACCCCCUUCAGACUUGGAAACAAUAACUAUGCGACAGGAUGUAGUCAGAGAAUUUACAGAGAAGGAAGAGGUGUUCUACAACCUGAAGGGUGUUUUGAGCAAGUUCUUGGAUGUAGACCAUAUCAUCUCUCUUUGCGUACAGAUCCCAAAGAAUGACAAUGUCAAAACAGCAGAGUCUAAGAUCACUACUGUCAUUUGCUUGAAGCAUUUGCUGGAACUGGUACCAGUCCUUCAGGAAUUCCUGAAAGAUUGUGAAAACCCUCUCCUCAAAGCAUACUGCAAGACCUUGGAGGAUCCACGUUUGCAGAUAGUAUUAUCCAAAAUAAACAGCGUUGUUCAUGAAGAUACCAAGUACCAGAAGGGCACAUUGCCUAUGAGGACACAGAAGUGCUUUGCUGUCAAACCAAAGAUCAAUGGUUUACUUGAUGUGGCAAGAAGAGCAUACACUGAGAUAGUGGAUGAUAUUACAUCAAUGGUGACACAGCUGGGAAUCCAAUUUCACUUGCCGCUACGGACAGCAUUCAGUACAAUAAGAGGUUUUUAUAUUCAGCUAUGCUGUAGUGGCAAAGAAACCUUUCAUGCUGAGGACCUGCCUCCAAUAUUUAUUAAAGUCACCAAAUUCAAAACCACUCUUAACUUCACCACUGCAGAUCUGAUUAAGUUGAACGACAGGGUGAAGGGAUCACUAGAUGAGAUAUACCUGAUGACAAACAUUGUAAUGACUGAGCUGUUGGGUGACGUCCGUCACCAUAUUACUGUCCUGUAUAAACUGUCGGAAACUGUUGCCAUGCUUGACAUGCUACUAGCCUUCGCCCAUGCCUGCACGCUGUCCUCCUACGAGUUUACCGAUACUCUCGCAAUCAAGAUGGGCCGGCACCCCAUACUGGAGAAGAUUGGAGCAGGAGAAAUCGUACCAAACAACACUUAUGCAGCAGAAGACUGUAACUUUGUCCUCAUCACAGGACCAAACAUGAGUGGCAAAUCAACCUACCUCAAGCAAGUGGCGCUUCUGCAAAUAAUGGCGCAAACUGGCAGUUUUGUGCCAGCAGAGUAUGCGUCCUUCAGGAUAGCCAGCCAGAUCUUCUCACGUGUAGGCAACGACGACGAUAUACAGACCAACUCCUCCACCUUCAUGUUAGAGAUGAAAGAAAUGAACUACAUCAUCCAGAAUGUGUCCGGUGAUUCUCUUGUGAUCAUCGACGAACUUGGAAGAGGCACAAGUGCAGAGGAAGGCGUAGGGAUCUGCUGGUCAGUCUGUGAAUAUCUUCUGAAAACCAAGGCAUUCACAUUUUUCGUCACGCAUUACAAGGAACUCACCAGUUUGGACAACCUGUAUGCCAAUGUAGAAAACUACUUCAUGGAAGUCCACCGAUCUUUCAGCAGGGAGGGGGGUUGUGAGAAAAUCACAUACACACAUGUUAUGUCGCAAGGAAAGACACCAGAGGAGCACUACGGCCUGAUGCUAGCGGAAAUGUCAACAAUGCCGAAGGACGUGUUGCACGAUGCUGCAGAGCUCGCUGAAAUGUUGGACCGCCUCAGACAGAAGAACCAGACGACAGACCCUGAAGUCGCUCGACACAGGGCCAUCUUCAAACUGGCCUCCAAACUGCUGCAGGUGGCGCGCAACUCUCGCCUCGAUCUCGCCAGUCUCCGCGCCUACCUCCUCAACCUCCGCCUGCACAGCGGUCUGCACCCACCGACUGCAACUCCGCCGCUUGCCACAACUAAAACAGCAGAGCUCACUGAAGGUCUUUAGUGGAGUGCACGUAGGACACAGCAUAUGGAGGACUUUUUCUUUCUUUUAAGAGGAUACACAGUCAGUUGUAAAAAAGCCAGGGUGUAAAACAUAUUCUAAAAUUAAAAACUCUGAACCCGCCACAAGUACCCAUAUCCCAUCUCGUUCCCUGUCUCCUCCCCUUGCCACCAUGCUAUGCCUCCUCUAUAUAUCUACCCCCACCUUUCUUUCUCCUAUGGUCCAAAUAACUCCAUCUCUCGUUCUUAGGCAAUGUGACUGACAGAUGUGUUGCAUUCGUUACUAUUUCUAAAGUAGAUUUGUCUUCUGUUUGCAGUUGUUUAUUGUCAUCAUUUUUUAACACUUUGAUAUUCUGUUUAUUUGCAUCAUUGUUUCAUAGAAAUUUGAAAUCAAAUGAACAUAAAAUUGCUUUCGUGUCACCAGUCACAGCUUUUUGCCUGUUGUCUAGUAGGGUGAGGAUCGGAUGUCCUGGGUUGAAAUCGAGUCUCGGACACACGGUACGUUCUGUCUCUGCAUGUGGCUCCUGUUUAUUGUGAUAUACCCUUAGUUCAGGAUUGUGGAACCCUUUUUUCCUCCAAGUGCCAUUUGUAUAUUUAUUACAUCAUUUGCGGACACAAAGUUAUCGAUUGAAUGAUUAGCCUACUAUAUUUGGUCAAGCCAUAGUUUUGCCACAAUGCGGCGUUUACACCCCCAGCCUGCCUGGCACUGAUCGAGUCACCGCGAUACAGGCCGCGGGCAGCCGACGAGAACCAUAGGAGUCUGUGACAUUCAACUCUGCAGCUCCUUUCAAGCGAGAUAAACACCAACAACAAAAAUCAGAAUUUAAGAAAAAAAAAAAAGAGAAAAAUAUUCAGUAAACAAGCCUUAUUCACAGACAUUACGAUGCCUAAAACAUUGUCCUCCUUUUAUCCAUAAAAGGUAUUUCAUUACAGUUCAUUUUUGUAGAAACUCAUUUUCAAAGCCUCCGCCGUUAGGUUCGGAGCUCCAGCAUGAAAGAACAUCGACCCAAUAGUCUUUUUCUCGUCUUGAAGUUCAGCAAGAUCCGGCGCACCAAUAUACGAAGAACACAGAUAAAAGAAGAAAACAAACAAAAGACUUUGACAGAAAAACACAUUCCUUAAAAUCUAGCGAACAUUUAAAUUUACGAUACUACUAAUUUAAUAGUCCCCAAUUACAUCCAGUCCAGAACCUUGCUCACUCAAAAAUAUUCAAAAACAAAACUGACACAGACUCACUUCAACAGGUUUUCACAUGAAUAAUUUACCCUCUUUUUAACAAGUCUU